GCCUUAUUUAGAUAACUUUGCAGUGUGAAGCUGGUAACGUGGCUGAGAGACAUCCAUGCACCAUCUGAGACGAAUUGUUGAAAUUACAGUUAUACCUAUGACAAAUAUUGGGCCUCUCCGUGAGCCGCCGAGAACCCUUGAUCUGGUUAUUGCUUGGGAAUAUUUGCUACCGUCGGAUGCAAGGGGUGGCAUUGGCAUCGGACGUUCCUAUAUAUGACGCAAGGAACUCAAAGUUCAGAUGAGGUCCUUCUCCCUCGGCGCGAGCUAUCCAUCCGCUUCGGCCUUCGGACCCCGCCUACCGAAGAGUCCGUGGUUGGUAGGACUCAUCCGCGGCUUUCGCCCAAAGUUCCAACCGUAUUGCAACUUGCGGAUAUAAAUAGGCGCCGUUGCCUCUCUUCACCGCACGCAAACCACAAAAUCUACAACGUUAGCGAAGAGAAGCUCGCCUCCGCUUACUACUCGGCGCAUCUCCUCUCGCUCCGAUCCCUGCGGACGACGCGCACGACCUCCUCCUUACGGCCUUCGCAGAGUUCUGCGCCUCCAACUUGGCGGACGAGCUGAGGAAGCCCAGAUCGUUGAUGGCCGCAGACGACCUCACGGCGCGCGAUCUGAUGAUGGCCGCGGCCGACCUCACGGCACCUCAAACCUGGUAUCCUUCCGCGCGCGCCAUGCGCCGCCGCGUCGUGUACCACUGCGGGCCAACAAACAGCGGCAAGACACACAACGCGCUCGCCAGCUUCUCGGCGGCCAAGUCCGGGGUGUAUUGCAGCCCGUUGCGCCUCCUCGCCAUGGAAAUAUUCGACAAGGUCAACGCCACGGGUGUCAGCUGUAGCUUGCGCACUGGCCAGGAGGUUAAGGAGGUGGCCUUCGCCAGCCAUCUCGCCUGCACCAUUGAGAUGGUAUCGACCGAAGAGAUCUACGAGGUCGCCGUGGUUGACGAGGUACAGAUGAUGGCCGACCCUGUCAGGGGCUCUGCAUGGACGCGCGCUCUGCUUGGGCUCAGGGCGGAGGAGAUACACCUCUGCGGCGACGAUAGCGUGCUCAGCGUUAUCCGGAAGAUUUGUGCAGACACUGGGGAUGAUUUAUUGGUGCACCAGUACGAGCGGUUCAAGCCUCUUGUAGUCGAGGAAAAUACACUUCGUGGGUACUUCCAGAAUAUACGUUCUGGUGACUGGGUGGUUGCUUUCUCUCGCAAGAAGAUAUUUGAGAUCAAGCUGGCAAUUGAGACGUAUACCCACCACAAGUGUUGUGUUAUUUAUGGAGCUCUUCCGCCAGAGACACGCCGACAGCAAGCAGAGCUGUUCAACCAGGAGCAUAAUGAAUAUGAUGUCCUUGUAGCUACCGAUGCAGUCGGAAUGGGGCUCAACCUUAACAUUAGAAGGGUUGUGUUCUAUACCUUGAUUAAAUACGAUGGAGAAAAGACGGCGUCGGUACCUGCUUCACUGGUAAAACAGAUUGCUGGUCGUGCUGGUCGGAGGGGCAGUGCUUAUCCACAUGGACUUGCAACAACCUUCAAAUAUGAUCUGUGCUAUUUGACUCGGUGUCUGGAAGAGCCACUCGAAGAGGCGGAGAAAGUCGGACUCUUUCCCACUUUUGAGCAACUCGAGAUGUUUGCGAGUCAAUUCCCCGAGCUUACCUUCAAUAAUCUGUUAAAUAAAUUAUGCGAUACUUGUCGCAUCGAUGACACAUACUUCAUAUGCCAGCAUGACAAUAUGAAGAAGGUUGCUGAUAUGCUCGAGGGAGUGCAUGGUCUUUCACUCAAGAGUCGCUACGGUUUUUGCUUGGCUCCCGUGAAUACAAGGAAUUCAGAAGCCAUGGACCAUCUCUUGAGAUUUGCCAAUAACUAUUCUGAAAGUCAUUAUGUUACCAUGGGAUUAGAAAUGCCAAGUGGUUAUGCAACAAAUGACACUCAGUUCCUAGACCUAGAGACAAAACACCAGGUCCUAUCAAUGUACCUAUGGUUGGCACAACAUUUUGGGGAAGACAACUUCCCUCAUGUGCAGGAGGCUCAAACCAUGUCAACAAAUAUUGCUGAUUUACUUGGCCAGUCACUUGCGAAAGGAUGCUGGAAGCCUCAAUUAAGAUAUCAAUUUAUAGGACAACCGCCAGAAUAGAAGGAUGAAUACAGACAUCAAAUGACAGUGCAAAAUCUUUCUAGACAUGGUUAGGUAUCAAAAUUAGAUUUUUUUCCCCAUUAGUACAUUAGAUUUGUGGCAUAUGAGAGUUUA